GCCGCCGCCGCUGCUCCCCCUCCUGCUGCUCCUGCUGCUGCCCGGCGGCCGUCGCGCCCUCGAGGAGACCCUGAUGGACACGAAGUGGGUGACCUCGGAGCUGGCAUGGACAACCCAUCCGGAAACAGGGUGGGAAGAGGUCAGUGGUUACGACGAGGCCAUGAACCCCAUCCGCACGUACCAGGUGUGCAACGUGCGGGAGGCCAACCAGAACAACUGGCUUCGCACCAAGUUCAUCCAGCGCCAGGAUGUCCAGCGCGUCUAUGUGGAGCUGAAAUUCACCGUGCGGGACUGCAACAGCAUCCCCAACAUCCCCGGUUCCUGCAAAGAGACCUUCAACCUCUUCUAUUAUGAGUCGGAUACGGAUUCUGCCUCUGCCAAUAGCCCUUUCUGGAUGGAGAACCCCUAUAUCAAAGUGGAUACAAUUGCUCCGGAUGAGAGCUUCUCCAAACUGGAGUCCGGCCGUGUGAACACCAAGGUGCGCAGCUUUGGGCCGCUCUCCAAGAAUGGCUUUUACCUGGCUUUCCAGGACCUGGGGGCCUGCAUGUCCCUCAUCUCCGUCCGGGCUUUCUACAAGAAAUGUUCCAACACCAUCGCUGGCUUUGCUGUCUUCCCGGAGACCCUAACGGGGGCCGAGCCCACGUCGCUUGUCAUUGCACCGGGCACCUGCAUCCCCAACGCGGUGGAGGUGUCUGUGCCCCUGAAGCUGUACUGCAACGGCGACGGCGAGUGGAUGGUGCCUGUGGGAGCGUGCACGUGUGCUGCUGGGUACGAGCCAGCCAUGAAGGACACCCAGUGCCAAGCAUGCGGCCCAGGAACGUUCAAAUCCAAGCAGGGCGAGGGCCCCUGCUCCCCCUGCCCUCCCAACAGCCGCACCACCUCAGGAGCAGCCACGGUCUGCAUAUGUCGCAGCGGCUUCUUCCGAGCGGACACGGACCCCGCGGACAGCGCCUGCACCAGUGUGCCCUCAGCCCCGCGCAGCGUCAUCUCCAACGUGAACGAGACGUCGCUGGUGCUGGAGUGGAGCGAGCCGCAGGACGCGGGCGGGCGGGAUGACCUGCUCUACAACGUCAUCUGCAAGAAGUGCAGCGUGGAGCGGCGGCUGUGCACGCGCUGCGACGACAACGUGGAGUUCGUGCCGCGCCAGCUGGGCCUCACUGAGCGACGCAUCUACAUCAGCAAUCUGAUGGCCCACACCCAGUACACCUUCGAGAUCCAGGCGGUGAAUGGCAUCUCCAGCAAGAGCCCCUACCCUCCCCAUUUCGCCUCUGUCAACAUCACCACCAACCAGGCCGCCCCAUCUGCUGUGCCCACCAUGCACCUGCACAGCAGCACUGGGAAUAGCAUGACGCUGUCCUGGACUCCCCCGGAGAGACCCAACGGCAUCAUUCUCGACUAUGAGAUCAAGUACUCUGAGAAGCAGGGCCAGGGUGAUGGCAUUGCCAACACUGUCACCAGCCAGAAGAACUCGGUGCGGCUGGACGGGCUGAAGGCCAAUGCCCGGUACAUGGUGCAGGUCCGGGCGCGCACCGUGGCUGGAUACGGCCGCUACAGCCUCCCCACGGAGUUCCAGACGACUGCAGAGGACGGCUCCACCGGCAAGACUUUCCAGGAGCUGCCUCUCAUCGUGGGUUCUGCCACUGCAGGACUGCUGUUCGUCAUCGUGGUGGUCAUCAUCGCUAUCGUCUGCUUCAGGAAAGGGAUGGUUACUGAACAACUGCUCUCGUCUCCUUUGGGCAGGAAGCAGCGCAACAGCACAGAUCCCGAGUACACAGAGAAGCUGCAGCAAUAUGUCACUCCUGGGAUGAAGGUCUACAUUGACCCCUUCACAUAUGAAGACCCCAAUGAAGCUGUCCGGGAAUUCGCCAAAGAGAUUGAUAUCUCCUGCGUCAAAAUCGAGGAGGUCAUUGGAGCAGGGGAGUUCGGUGAGGUGUGCCGUGGGCGCCUGAAGCUGCCUGGCCGCCGCGAGAUCUUUGUGGCCAUCAAGACACUGAAGGUGGGCUACACGGAGCGGCAGCGGCGGGACUUCCUGAGCGAGGCCAGCAUCAUGGGCCAGUUCGACCACCCCAACAUCAUCCACCUGGAGGGGGUGGUGACCAAGAGCCGCCCCGUCAUGAUCAUCACAGAGUUCAUGGAGAACUGCGCUCUCGACUCCUUCCUCCGGCUGAAUGAUGGGCAGUUCACGGUCAUCCAGCUGGUGGGGAUGCUGCGAGGCAUCGCUGCUGGCAUGAAGUACCUCUCAGAGAUGAACUACGUGCACCGGGACCUGGCUGCCCGCAACAUCCUGGUCAACAGCAACUUGGUCUGCAAAGUGUCUGACUUCGGGCUCUCCCGCUUUUUGGAGGAUGAUCCGGCCGACCCCACCUACACCAGCUCCCUGGGAGGCAAGAUCCCCAUCAGGUGGACAGCUCCUGAGGCCAUUGCCUACCGCAAAUUCACCUCGGCCAGUGACGUGUGGAGCUAUGGUAUUGUCAUGUGGGAAGUGAUGUCCUAUGGGGAGCGACCCUACUGGGACAUGUCCAACCAGGAUGUGAUCAACGCGGUGGAGCAGGAUUAUCGCCUGCCACCCCCCAUGGAUUGCCCCACAGCGCUGCACCAGCUGAUGCUGGACUGCUGGGUGCGGGACCGCAACCUGAGGCCCAAGUUUGCACAGAUUGUCAACACGCUGGACAAGCUGAUCCGCAACGCUGCCAGCCUGAAGGUCAUCGCCAGCGUCCAGUCCGGCGUCUCACAGCCGCUCCUGGACCGCACCGUGCCAGAUUACACCACCUUCACCACCGUGGGAGACUGGCUGGAUGCCAUCAAAAUGGGACGGUACAAGGAGAACUUCGUCAAUGCUGGCUUCGCCUCCUUUGACCUGGUGGCACAGAUGACAGCAGAGGACCUGCUGAGGAUAGGGGUGACGCUAGCAGGGCACCAGAAGAAGAUACUGAGCAGCAUUCAGGACAUGAGGCUGCAGAUGAACCAGACACUGCCGGUUCAGGUUUGACGGCAGGGGACUCUGCAUUGGAACGGACCGAGGGAACCUGCCAUCCAGGUUCUGUUUGCGGUGCAGCCCGGCUUCCCGAUUUCCCCUUCCCGUGGCGCUGCUCUGCCUCGGACGCUCGCCAGGGACAGGCUGGGCCGGGCCACCCUUGGAUCGGAGGCACUCGUGCCAAGAGGGAGCCCGGCUUUUCGUCCCGUGUCCCGCAGCGGCGAGGCAGCGACGCAGUCUUCAUAUUGAAGAUGGAUUAUGGGACGGAGAUGGCGCAUCCCGCUUCCCGCCCUGUCUCAGUGCUCAUCAGUUUGAAGAGAUGUUCUGCUUCUUGGAUUUCUUUACACCCCGUUUUCCCCCCUCGAGUCCUCACUUCCCCCCAUCCCUGAGGCCACAGACUGUUGACCCGUCCGUUGAGUCCGUCAGACGCUCCGAAGCCUUCCCCGAGCCCAGUCCCCGCGUGGAGACGGCGCCAGGGACGGGGCUACGGCCCCAGACAAUCACUCCUCCCCUCCGCACGAGGGUCCUCACUGGGACGUGUCUGAAGGGGAAAGGCUCUGCUCCCUUUUUGGCUUUGCACGCCAGAACCCGAACCCCGUGAGAUUUACUAUGCAGGGAGUUAGGCAAAAAAAUAAUAAUAAUAAUAAUAGAGAGAGAUAUAUUAAGAAAAAAAAAAAAAAGAGGGUGCAGAAAGGGGACCCUCUUGGUUCUCGUGGCCGGCUCUGGACUGCAGAGUGAGGCCAUCAGCACGUUUGCACAGGGACCCUCCAGCCCCCGAAGCGGGGCCGGGAGCGGGGCCGGGGCCACACGGAGGCCUGGCCUCUCCCAGCCUCCUGUUUUAUGCAGAAGGAGCGGGUGCCGCUCCUGCCACACGCUGUGAUUGCUGCCAAAAGACUCACUCACCUUCCUCUGACUUCACUGCAGCCCGCUUCCUCCGUGCUGAGGGCGAGACUCCCAGCGUGCGUGAGUGUGCGUGAGUGUGUGCGUGCGUGCGUGAGUGCUGGCCGGCAGGACUGUGCGAGGCAAUGGGCAGAAUAAAGGCAAUAAGAAUUUUA